AUGAAAGACCAUAAUGAAAAAUGGCAGCUUCAAGAGAGCAAACCCAUUUUGUUCUAGUGCAUGGGCUAUGCCUUGGGGCUUGGUGCUGGCACAAGCUCAAGCCACGGCUCGAGGCCACCGGCCACCGGGUCACGGUGCUUGAUCUUGCGGCUUCAGGCAUCAACAUGAAGGCAAUCCAAGAUGUUCAUACUUUUUACGACUACACUCGGCCUUUGUUGAAUCUUCUGGCUUCACUUGCUCCAAAUGAAAAGGUGGUUCUUGUUGGGCAUAGCCUUGGAGGCGUGAAUUUGGCCCUUGCAAUGGACGAGUACCCAGAGAAGGUAGCCGUUGGGGUUUUCCUCACCGCCUUAAUGCCGGAUACCACACACAAGCCAUCCUAUGUCUUGGAUAAGUAUGUUGAGGGGACCCCAGCAGAGAACUGGUUGGACACUCAGUUUUCAUCCGUUGGAAGCGCCAACCACCCGUUAACAUCAGUUUUGUUUGGCCCCAACUUCUUGUCCUCCAUGCUCUAUCAACUAAGCCCCAUUGAGGAUCUUGAGCUGGCGAAGACUUUAGUAAGGCCGGGAUCACUGUUUCGUGAGGACUUGUCAAAGGCCAAGAAUUUCUCAAAAAAGGGAUAUGGGUCGGUUCAGCGAGUUUAUGUUGUGUGCGAUGAUGAUUUAGCAAUACCAAAAGAAUUUCAGAAAUGGAUGAUUGAAAACAGUGGGCUUAAAGAUGUGAUGGAGAUUAAGGGUGCUGAUCACAUGGCAAUGGUUUCAAAACCACAAGAACUUUACCACCGUCUCCUCGAGAUAGCGCAUAAAUACGCUUAAAAAUAUUUACAUGCUAUUAUCAAUAAAACCUCUAUCACUGUAUUACCACCACUUAAGAGGUCAUUUGGGGCUCUUUGUUUAAUUGCCCAGUCCUAUGUUUUUAUUUGUUGUAAUUUCUUGUUGAUGUACUUAUAAAAAUAAUAAUAAUAAAAUAAAAAUAAAAAUAAAAACAUUAUGUGCGUUUA